AUGACUCCCACCAGGAAGGGUGGCAAGAAGGACUGUUCCGGCAUCAACAAGGCAGUGACCAGAGAACACACCAACAUUCACCAGCUCAUCUACAGAGUGGGUUUCAAGAAGCGCGCCCCGUGGGAACUCAAAGAGAUCUGGAAAUUUGCCAUGAAGGAGAUGGGGACUCCAGAUGUGUGCAUUGACACCAGGCUCAACAAAGCUGUCUUAGCCAAAGAAAUGCCCCUUACAUGUCUGCUUGACCGUUCUGGGAAAAUUACAUUAUCUCCUAUGGUUAUAUUUCCAGGUUACAUGGAUGGAGAUCUUGCAAAACAAUCAGACCCCAGAGCCCCGAUUCUAAAAAGUGGAGGCACUACAAAGUCUAAGAGUAGCGACGAAGAAAACAAGGAAGCACUAAAGAAGGAAAUCUCAUUCGUAGAUUCUGAUAAGUCCUUAAAACACAAAAAAAAGUCAGAAAGCAGAGCAAAAGACAUUGAGUUGGAGAAAGAGGAGAUAGGAAUGGAGGCCAAGGUGAAGAAGAGUAAGGACCAAAUACCAAAAGAACCAAACAUAAAAGUAAAGAAGAGUGUGUCCAAAACACCACAAGAACAAGAAUCUCAGGUAGAGGAGAGUGAGGACAAAAAACCAAAAGGACCCAAAAAAAAAGUAAAGGAGAGUGAAGACAAAACACCACAAGAACAAGAAUCUCAGGUAGAGGAGAGUGAGGACAAAAAACCAAAAGGACCCAAAAAAAAAGUAAAGGAGAGUGAAGACAAAACACCACAAGAACAAGAAUCUCAGGUAGAGGAGAGUGAGGACAAAAAACCGAAAGGACCCAAAAAAAAAGUAAAGGAGAGUGAAGACAAAACACCACAAGACCAAGAAUCUCAGGUAGAGAAGGGUGAGGACAAAAAACCAAAAGGACCAAAAAAAACAAAGAAGGAGUCUGAGACACCACAAGGGCAAGAAUCUCAAGUAAAAGGGGAGAAAUCUGAAGCUAAAGGAAAACAGAAGAAAGCAAAGGAAGCUGCCGAAAAGGAUACAGAUACAAAAGAAAAGGAUGCCCAAAACAAGCAAGACAGUGAAGGAAAGGACAAAGUUAAAGGAAAGAAAGAACCACCAGCCAAGGGUAAAAAAGCAGAAGAAGGUAAAAAAGCUGAAGCGGGUAAAAAAGCAGAAGCAAAAAAGGGCAAAGACAAGUAA